AUGACCAAGGACCAUAGUACCUCCGCCUAUUUUCUGGCGCUUGGUUUUUGCUUCGCCACUACCGUUGCUGGCAUGAACCCUGGCAUGGACGCAUUCGACGCAGCACGCGACUGCUUUCGGCGACGCAACGACCGCCGCUCUAAUCGUCGCGUCGCCGAUGAUUUUGACGCCACUGCCGGACAUCACGAGCCUGUUGAUGGUGCCAACGUCCCAGCUUUAGAUGAAAAUGACAUCGAAUUGGCACAAAUGCCCACCGGAAUUACUUUUGCCUACAAGGUUGUCAUCACCCACCUCAACGAGGCGGGUAUCAAUAGCCUCCUUGUCGACAACGCAAAGCCAGUUCGUCUAGAUGACAGCUUUCUCACACAGCCCCUUGUCCGAGGGCUGAAGGUUUCGGCAAGAGAGUUGGAGACCGGGGCGCGACUUGGAGUAGCGCCAGAGAUCUUUAGCACCAAGGAGAAAUGUACAGCAUAUAUCAGACCUUUGACGUUGAGCCACAAGAAGAUUGGCUACCUCUUCUCGCAUCUACUCGUUGUCUCACUGCCAUCGAAAGACUCUCUCAGCAUGAAGAAGAAACAAAGCAGCUUCGCCUAUGGUUUGGCGCCUACUUUUUACUUCGCUACUACCGUCGCUUGUAUGGACCGCGGCAUGAACUGCGCCUCGGAGUCUCUCGAGUCGGCUCCAACUCCGGAGGUAAUGACCAGCCAUCCAUGCUACUUCUUUUUCGAACCAGCCUACAAGCUUGUCAUCACCCACCUCAAUAAGGCGGGUGAGCUCGAAAAGAUCGUCAAGUUUCUGGGUUCGCACAGCCAACAGAGCCACUAUACGUUCCAGGACGCCCAGGCUGCCUUGAAAAGUUAUCCAAUGAAUCCUGCCAUCGUAAAAGGUGCCACUGGCCUCCUUGUCGAGAACGCAAGACCAGGCCUAUUCGAGUGUCUCAAGAAGCAACUCAGCUCGCAGAAGAACAUGCAAAUAAGACGUGCCCUUUGGGACGUCGUCGCAGGCCAUGAGAUGACCACACAGCCUCGUGCCAUCGGAUUCUGA